AGGCCGUGGCCGCGCCGUCAGUUAGGUCCGCGCUGCGGCUGUGUUUACCGCGCGUAGUGUCGUCUGCUAGUGGUCCGCCCGUCCGCCGGCGCCGCGACGCUCGCGAGCGAGUCGUCGAAGUGUUUGCGCGAUUGUGUUCUCGGUCGCCCCUCGCCUCCGCGACUCGCGUCUGCCGCGCAGGGCCGCGUGCCUACCCCCCGAGUGUUCCGGGAUGAGGAGACGCGAUGUCCUGCGUCCUGUGUGACUCUGGGAGUGCCAUGGGAAGGCGGGGAAGUGAGCCGAAUGCGGCUGUCAACAAGAUGGAAGUGAGGUUAGGUUGGGGGGAGAUGUUUGGGUGCUGUUUGUGAGAUCCCCGCCCGGGCCAGCAGGGCCCUCCGGCCAAAAUGCAGGCCAAAAAACGAUAUCUUUUAGUACUCCUGUCCUGUGCAUUCCUAGCCUACUGUUAUUUUGGUGGCUAUCGGUUGAAGAGCAAAAGUGGUGUCACUCCAGUCAGACAGGAACUCUCCCACUUUUUGGAUGUGAGUGAUCAACUGUACGAUAGUGAUGUGGACUCUUCACCCCACAUCCGUCGAAUGGGAGAGUUCCAUGGUGACAACUACAGCAAGUGCCGGAUGGAGACGUGCUUUGAUUUUGAAAGGUGUCGAACAGACUUCAAAGUUUACGUAUACCCUUUCGCAAGUGAUAGUGAUAGUGAAGUUGAUGGAGAGUUACCAGUACCACCUCAGAGUCCAUCUUACCAAAAACUGCUCAAUGUCAUCAUAGAAUCAAGAUAUUAUACUUCUGACCCAGGGCAAGCAUGUCUGUUUGUCUUGGCUAUUGAUACCCUGGACAGAGAUUCACUGUCUCAGAACUACGUGAGAAACGUGCAGGCUCGCACUCAGAGAUUAAGACUUUGGAAUAAUGGCCGCAAUCAUGUCAUCUUUAAUCUCUACUCGGGAACCUGGCCAGAGUACCUGGAAGAAAGUUUAGGCUUCAACCCGGGGAUGGCGAUCCUGGCCAAGGCGAGCAUGUCCACGGCCGUCUUCCGCCCCGGCUUCGACAUCUCCAUUCCGCUCUUCCACAAGAACCACCCCGAGAAGGGGGGCGAUCCGGGCUUCGUGGCGUCCAACAACUUCCCGGCCGCCAAGAGGUACCUGCUGGCGUUCAAGGGCAAGCGCUACGUGCACGGCAUCGGGUCCGAGACGCGCAACUCGCUGUACCACCUGCACAACGAGCGCGACCUGGUGCUCGUCACCACCUGCAUCCACGGCAAGAGCUGGAAGGACCUCAAGGACGAGCGCUGCGACGAGGACAACGCGGAGUACGACAGGUGAGCCUCGCUCUCGCUCGUGCGUAUG